CCUGUGGGAUGGACGCCGCCUCCCUGCUCCCCCCGCCGGGCCGCAGCGGACCUGAUGUCCGCCUCUGAUCCACCUGCGCCUCAUUAUUACAGCACUGCGCUACAAUGAGCGUGUCCUCACCGAACCACUGGACUGAAUAUAAUUCAACAACCUCCUCCAUAACCCCUGCGCUGCUUUUUACACCUGCUCACUUUUUAUCUUCUUAAAAAAAAAAAAAAAAAAAAAGUUAUCCAGGAUGGAGAGCAAGCGAGAAAAGGACCAGCAGGAUGCAGACUGUGAGAAGGUAACCGCAGUGCUGCUCAAGUUGCGUACUGGAGAAUUUGAUUUGGAAUCUAUAUUGUUCCUCAAACUGAGAGGUCUUGGUAUACAUGACCUUGGAUGCAUUGGAGAAUGUAUAAAUUUGGAGAGGCUGGACCUAUCUGGGAAUAACAUCACACAUUUAGCUCCUCUUGCAAGUCUUCGGCUUCUUUCGGUGCUAAAUUUAUCUGCAAAUAAGAUCUCCAAUUUAGAGCCUCUUCGCAGCUGUGAAAAUUUGCAGAGCCUUAAUGUUGCUGGUAAUGUCAUUUCCAGUAUCGAGAACCUACAUUGCCUUGUUUCUCUGAGAAAACUGGAAAAUAUCCGUCUGAAAGACAACACACACAAUUACAGCAACUCCGUGUGCAGGAAUUCAUCCUACAGAACUGCAGUGCUCGAGAUGUUCCCCUGCAUCAAAGUGCUAGAUGGAGAAAGAAUUGUUGGGAGAGGAAGUGACUUGUACCAGCUAUGCAAAGACAUUGAUGAAACUAUUAAAGCUGGUUCGUACAAGAAUGGACAGCUCGUGGAACACCUCGACUGUAAGCCAUGGGUGGAAGAUAGUUACUGGGAGAUAAAGAGGUCAAACAAUGCCAUUAUUGAAGAAGCUUACAAACAGUUUAACGAUGUUCUUCAUGAAUGCAGACUCCUCAACAACAGAGCCACUCACAUUAUUUCGCAAACAGAAAAAUCCAUGAGCUUGAAGAAGCAGCCAAAGCAAUAUGCAAUCUAAGUUGGGCUAUUUUGGACACUUUAGUGUCUGAUAUUUUGCAGCUUUAUUUAUUUAUUUGCAAUGUAGUAAUGCUGAAUUACUGUAGCUUUUUUAAGUAACUGUGCUAUGUCAAAAUGCUUGAUAAAUGCAUUGCCUAACACACUUGCUCUUUGUUGCAGUGUAAGGAAUUUGAGGAAUUGGUUCUCAGAGAUUCCAUGUGGGAGGUUUAGAAACCUUCACUCAUACUGAUCUCCUUCAGUUUGGUUCAAAGAUGUCUUAACUUGCACAGUGUGCAUUUUAAAUACUGUAGC